UCCUCGUUUGAACGUAACCAGUUCCUCGUCAGAUUUGCAAUGAAGGAAAACUACCUGUUCCUGGGCAACCCUGGCACUGGCAAGAGUACGCUCAUCAACUGCCUCAUUGGGCAUCAAGAGUUCGAAUCCGGCUUGAGCUAUGGAUCUGGCAUGACCCACUUUUUUCAGAAGUUCUCGGAUCAUGACAAAGUGUACAUGGACACUCCAGGCCUCGCCGACCGAGAAAUCAAACAACAAGCGGCAACUGCCAUCACACAGGCUCUGCGUCAGUCCGGGAGGUACAAGCUGUUCUUCAUGGUGCGUCUUGAAAACGGACGUGUAGUGAGCGAUGAUCUGGCGACCAUCGAGACUGUGAUGGACUCGAUGGACAUGGAAGACGUCCCAUUUUCUAUCGUCAUCAACAAUGUCAAGAAGCGCCAGCACAACGCGAUGAUGAAGAGAGGUGUCGAGUUUUUCAAAGUCGUGACUUUAAUCAACUCGUCCAAGUACACGACGCCUUACGUCACGUUCAUCCCGACACUGGAACGGCUGGACGAGAUGGAUAACCAGUGUACUGAACUCCCUCACGAUGUUGCGAAGUUCUUUCGAGUUAGUGCGCCAUCCGUUGUUAUCCCUCCGGAGUGCGUCCACGACAUCAAACUCACAGACUAUAAGAUGCUCGUCGGCGACCUUCGGGAAGAACUUGCGCAACUCCGUAAGGACAACGAAGCAUUGCGCCAACGAGCGGAGGACCUUAUCCGGAAACCUCGAUUUUUGGACGUACUACUGCGAAUUUCUGGGGUGGCAGUGUCCGUGCUCGUGGAGUUUAUUGGCAGCAACUUGUUUAGCAUUGCCCUGGAGGCUGCAUUUUCAGUGUUGUUAGCGUAGCUACAACGGUUGGCUUCGCCCGACCCAAUUCGCGAGAAUACGGACUAAGAUGCAUAAUGUAAUACGCUUUCUAUC